CUGUGGUCGCGUCCUUGACUGUAAGCGUGUUAGUAGGACAUGAUAGCAAUGGACGCCUCUGUGCAGGUACACACUACAGGCUCGUUGUGUUUUUAAAAAAGUUUCGGCCAUCCAGUAUGCCUUUGAUACAAAUAAAAGACAGUGAGGGGCAUGGCAUGAUGAUUCGAGAGGUCGGGAAGUUCCGGAUACCCCCGGAUUUCCCCGAGGAAGUGUUCAGAGAAGUGCCGAAGCUGACAAUGAGAGACGAUGACAUUGUGAUGGCGAAUUGGAUGAGAUCAGGUACACACUGGAUGUUUGAAAUGAUCAGCAUGCUUGUCAACAAUAAUACGGAGACAAUUCCUAAAAAGAAAGAAGACCACAUGCUGGAAUAUCAACCAAUGAGCAUGCUCGAUGCGUUACCAUCCCCGCGAGUUUUGAACACUCACUUACGCUUCCGGUACCUGCCGGAAGACAUGAAAACGAAGAGGUGCAAAGUGGUGUAUUUGUUGAGAGACCCACGAGAUGCACAUGUGUCUUUAUACUCAUUACAGAGGAGACGGAAAAAUGUUGGAUAUGAUGGACACUGGAAAAAUUGGUAUACCCUCUGUCUGAACGAGGAACUGUCAUGGGGUACAUGGUUUCAUCACGUUCGAGACUGGGAGAGAGUGUUCGAAGAAUAUCGAAACUUGGAUGUACAGUUUGUGCAUUAUGAAGACCUGAAGAAAAAUCCUCUGGAGGAGUUACGUAAGGUUUCCAGGUUUCUCGGCACCAACACAACAGAAGAGCUGCUUCGGGCCAUCAUAGACAAAUGUCAGUUGGAGAGAAUGAGAUGCGACAAAUUCCCCUAUGAGGCGUUGGAAAAUGGCCAAUCCAUACACUACGAGAAAGGUGUAGCUGGAACGUGGAAAGAGUUUUUCACAGUUCAACAAUAUGAACAGUUUGAAAAGCUCUAUAGGCAGAAUAUGACCGGGUCUAAAUUUGAGUCAAGAUACAGAGGUCCCGUUGAUGUGUUGUAAUAUGAAAUUUAAUGCUACAAUAAAGACAGUACAUUGGUAA